AUGCUGAAAUUCGAGGAGAUCCAGGCGGCUCGCAUUCUUUGCCUACAAACUGCUCAGGAAUGUUUUAAAGAGGAUCGCAAUCUGCUGCUGGAGAACAAGCCACUUCGGAGCCGCUCUCAGCUGCUCAAGCUCUCACCGAUUGAAUCCAUACACCAGGAAUUGGCCUCCGACCUGAGCACAGACACCUUCCUGGCCUAUCUUCGUCGAUUUAUGUCCCUCAGGGGAAAAUGCUCCCAGAUCUUCAGCGAUAACGGAACAAAUUUUGUUGGUGCCAAACGGGCGCUAGAUGAGAUGCAGCAACUUCUAUCUUCGCAGGAGCAUCAACACACCGUAGCCCAACCGCUGGCCAACGAUGGAAUUAAAUGGAGUUUCAUACCGCCACAUUCGCCACACUGGGGAGGAAAGAGGAAGUCAUCCGUGCGUUCCGUCAAACUGCACCUUCGUCGCGUUGUAGGAAAGACGACGUUAACCUUCGAACAAAUGCAGACUCUAAUUGUUCAGAUUAGUGCGGUUGUGAACUCUCGACCGUUAUGCUAUACACCAGACACAGACCUCACAUACUUGUCUCCAGCCCACUUUCUAAUUGGUCGCCCAUUCACAACCAUUCCGGAAGGCGAUCUAUCUCAUUUGCCAAUCAAUCGCUUGGACUAUUGGCAGCACUUGCAAGCAAUGUACCAAGGAUUUUGGAAGCGCUGGCAUCAAGAAUAUUUAACAUCCUUGCAGCAACGUCACAAGUGGAACAACAAGGAACGCAACAUCUCAGUUGACAAAAAUAAAAACUAUUAG